UAUAUAUAUGACCACUUUGAAUUCUCCAAAAAACAGUAAGAAGCAACAACCAAACAAAACAGAGAGACAAGACUUUGAUUCAAAACUUUUUUAAGAGUAAGAACAUGUCUGCAAACGAAUUACCUUCUUCGGGUCAAUCCUUCCAAGAACAAGCCAGUAACGGUCUUGUCUCUAGAAAGCUGCUUUUGCACAACCCAUUUGACCACAACACUCAAAAAGCCUUCGGGGUCGCACCAUCUCCUCUAAUAACCCAUGAGAACAACCUCAGUGGGAAUGUCUUGAUGCUUCUCUCAGUCCUCAUCUGUGGAAUCAUCUGCUGUCUCGGUUUACAUUACAUCAUUCGUUGUGCAUUCAGACGUACUUCAAGUUUCAUGAUCUCUGAGCCUAUCUCCAGUCUUCCAACAACACACGGGUCAUCAAACAAAGGAAUCAAGAAGAAAGCUCUUAAGAUGUUCCCGGUCGUGACUUACUCACCUGAGAUGAACCUGCCGGGGAUCGGUGAAGAAUGCGUCAUCUGUUUGUCAGAUUUUGUUUCUGGUGAAAAGCUCAGGCUGCUCCCUAAGUGCAACCACGGGUUCCAUGUUCGUUGCAUUGACAAGUGGCUUCAACAACAUUUGACUUGUCCAAGCUGCAGACACUGUCUUGUUGAGACAUGCCAAAAGAUCUUAGGUGAAUCCAGUCAAUCUGAUCAAGUGACAGCAACACCAACAGACAGCAUAAUUGUCAGGAUAGCUCCUCUAGAGCCUGAAGGAAGAGUAAACACUUUAAGAGAAAGCAGCUAAAUGCUCAGAAACCAUCAUAAGUUCAGAAUCUAUACUCAAAGUUAGAGAGAUGUUUUUUAGAUCUGAGCUGUAUAGUGCCAUCCAAAACAAAAACAAAAAAAGUUCAAAUUUUUACAAAUUUUUAUGUCUUUCUUUCUUUUCUAUUUUUUUUUUCAUGUAACACAAAGUGUAUACAGAGGGAAUAUAAAUAUAUCACUUUUCAGUA